UCAGCAGGGUUGGAAAAAAGUGGUAUAAAAAAGGAUUAGAUGGGUUUAUAGCUAGUACUAACUGAAGGUGGCAUUUUUUUUCUUCAUUUUUAUUUUAUUACAGAAGAUAGUGGUUGGGUUUAUUAAAGUCCAUGUCAGCUCAUGUGCAUUAGCAUAGAACUGUCUCAGGACUAUUUCUCGGUAGUCUACUGUUGCUGCCUAGUUGUAUUUCAGCUCCUUAUCUGCGCUCCAUUGUGAUUCGAUUAAUAAGCCUGCAAGCUGGUUUGAAUGUACCGAAGGAGCUGACAGAGCAACGACAUGGCACAAAAUAGGAUGUAUUUUAAUGGUAUUUAUUGCAGAUAAUUGCAAUGUAAAUAGACCUACACUGGAAAGACGAAUCAGGGCGAUUCGAGGAUUUAUGUCCGGGGAGAGGAUGUUUCCUCCCUGCUAGUUAAACAGGCCACCCGGAUCUAUUAGCCUAGCCUAGCUAGCUCUCUCUGCUUUCACGGUGAUAACAACACCCCAGUCAUGGUGUUGAUGAUGGAAUCGCAGUGCGAGUAUUUUAUGUAUUUCCCCGCAGUGCCCAUUUCUGACCUGUCAGACCCGGCCCGGUACCGCACCCUCCCGCGUCGCAGCCAUCUGUACCUGGGGGAGACGGUGCGCUUCCUGCUGGUGCUGCGCGCGCAGAGCGGCUCGGGCUCCGGGUGCAGUGAGGAGCGCGCGGGCCGAGGUUGGAGGGAACUGGCCGCGUCUCUGCGCGCGCUCGCCAGCGUGUGUCCGGGUGAGAGCAGGGCGAGGGGGAGGGAGCGUUCCGUGGAAGAUGGAGCCGAGGAGGAGGAGAGUGAUGAAGAUGAUGGAGCGGCGAGCUGCUCAGUCAGAGGAGCCACGACAUACCGGGGAUUCAAGGAGUGUAAGCCGCUUCUCAUUCACAAUAACCCCGGUAACGGCGCCAGGGAGUUCCGCAGAGCUCCUGUGCAGUCGCCUGUGGAUGAGCCAGUGGUUCUGAAUGAUGAAGUCAUCUUCCCCCUGACUGUGUCCCUGGAUAAACUCCCGGUUAACACACUCAAAGUGAAGAUCAUAGUAACUGUAUGGAAGCAGGAGGAGGAGGAGAAGGCUGAGAUCCAGGAACAUGGCUACCUCAGCAUUCUUCAGCAGAAGAGCCCGUGCCAAACCUUCCGCCAGGACCUCAAUACCUUCAAAGCCCAAGUCAGCACCACUCUGAACGUCCUUCCUCCGCCCACAGUGAAGUGUCAGCAGAUGACUGUGUCUGGGAAACAUUUGACUGUGCUUAAAGUGUUAAACGGAAGCUCUCAGGAGGAGGUGUGUGUACACGAUGUCCGAAUCCUGCCCAACUUCAAUGCCUCUUAUUUACCCAUGAUGCCUGAUGGCUCCGUGCUGCUGGUCGACAAUGUGUGCCAUCAGUCAGGCGAGGUUGCCAUGGCGUCCUUCUACAGGAUGGACAGUGAGUCUAGUCACCUUCCCAGCAUGCUCAGUGCUCUGGAGCAGCAAAACUUCCUGUUUCAGCUGCAGCUCAGUGACCAGGCCCAAGAUGAUUCUAAUGAGGGUCUUGAGGUGCCACUGAUAGCAGUCCUCCAGUGGUCCACUCCCAAGCUGCCAUUCACCAGCUGCAUCUACACACACUACAGUGUGCCUAGCAUCAGACUGGACCGGCCUCAUUUCAUCAUGACCGCGAGCUGUCCCAGUGCCGUAAGGGCUCAUGAGCACUUCAGAGUGCGCUACACACUCCUCAACAACCUGCAGGACUUCCUGGCUGUACGGCUCGUCUGGACACCAGAGGGCCGUGGGCAGAAGGAGGAUCCGGCAGUAAAUGCAGUAGUGUGUCAUUCUCCUCUAAGUAACCUUGGUUACUGUCGCAAAGGCAGCACUCUCUCUGUGUCUGUGGCCUUCCAGAUCCUCAAAGCCGGCCUCUUUGAGCUGAGUCAGCACAUGAAACUAAAGCUGCAGUUUACAGCAUCCGUGUCGAACCCUCCCCCUGAAGCUCGUCCUCUCUCGCGUAAAAACAGUCCGUCCAGUCCUGCUGUACGAGACAUUCUGGACCGACACCAGGCCAGCCUGAGCCUGGGCCGCUCACAGUCCUUCUCCCAUCAGCAGCCCUCCAAAUCCCACCUCACCAGGACAGGCAGUGUUAUGGAACGGCGUGCAAUCACUCCUCCUGUCGGCUCUCCUGUCGGUCGGCCACUCUACCUCCCCCCAGAGCGGAGCAUUUUAUCGCUAGACAAGAUCGCCAAGCGCGAGUGCAAAGUGCUAGUGCUGGAGUCACACAGCUAAAUGUACAAACCCACGCACGCACACACACACAAAUGCAUCACUGGGAAGAAUAGGAAGCGUCACACUGGAAAAUAAUUUUGAAAUCUUAGUUGUAGUGAGUUGUUAAUUGUCCAACUAGACCUGAUUUGUUCUGGAAAAGUGUCAUGUGGAAUGUUUAAGGUUCACUGUAAUGUAGCAGACACAGGGCCCUUUAGUUCUAGUAGUGUUCAACUAAGGGGUAGAUUUUUAUUUGUUUCUAAACAUUCAUUGUUUACAUGCUGUGCAUUAUGCUCUCCUUUCAGAUCAGGCUCAAAAUAGGCUUCUGUCUAUUGACUUCAUUCUGAAAAGCAGGCAAAAUGAGAACAUAUAGAAAUGUUGGAAUCCACAAGUAGUUCAGUCACUUAAAAGCCUUGUUAUAAAAUUUGUCACUCAUAUUGAUUCAGUGCACUGUGUGAAGAAGAAGAAGAGUGUCUGAGGAAACAUACAGGGUCAUGAAACUCGAAUUGACUGCAAGUCAACCUGCUUGAAUGUUUGUUUAUAACAUUUGUGAGUCAGUCUUUUCUGACUGCUCUGUAUUACAGUAUGCUGUUCCACUGACCUCCACCAGUGGAUACCCUUUAUUUUUUUAUUCUUAAAAUUAUUUCUGAAUGUAAAUGUAUUUAUUUAUUUUUCAUGGUCUUGCCAGUCUUAAUAUCUACAUCCAUUCCUUUUGCUCCAGCGCAAUCCUUUGUAUUUCUUUAUUUUAAUGUUUUAAUUUUUUAAUUUAUUUUAUUUACUUUCAUGAGCCUUAAAAUUGAUUGGGGUUUCUUUUUUUGUUUAUUGAUACUGAUAUAAGCUGCUAUUAUGUAUCACAGUACAUUUCAAUCUUAAGUGUUGUUUUUGGGAAACUGAAAUGCAAACUACUGCAGCAUGAGUUUUUGACUGUCUCUUCAGCUGACUGUGAUCACGAUAGUUAAAAAACUGUUCUGAAAGGCCAAAUUAAAAUGUUAUGCAAUCUUGGGAUUCAAACUAUAGUGCUCUAGUGUAGCGUAGUCUUUGAUAUUAGCAACAUUCACACAUAUAACCGCUUUCUUCUCUAAUACAUGAUUAUCAUUUAAUGGAAUAUGGAAUGGUCUUUCCUGAUCUCGGCAACAUCCAGCUUGAGGUUUUUCUCUCCUUUUCUCGUAGUGCUUUGCCUUUUGCACAAGCACUUUCCCUCAUUCUCCCACACACAAAACAAUUCUGAUGGCCACGGGUGAGAUGAUGAGCCACUUUAUGUUCCUCCUGGAAGGCGUCGUGUUGUCUGACAUCAUUUUGAUUUAUUUCUAUACUUUACAUUUAUAUUCAGCGAGUCCCAUGUUGCAGUUCUGUGCUCCAAUGGUAGCUACCAUAAUCAUGUCAUUGAUUUUUUUUUGUGUAUUGAUUUUGUGUCAGUCUUUGGGAGGCAGAUGCUGAUAUGCCUCUCAGUUGUAUUGAUAAUUGAACAGAAGGCAUUCUCCUGAUUUCACCUUACAAUCAUUCCAUGAUCAGAUUUGACCCUUUGAAUAGUGAACUGGUGCGCAUUAACAUUUAGUGCUUGUCUGGAAAUGAGAGUUUGUAUUCCAUAGUCAAAUUUUAGCUAGGUAGUGAAGCUACCUGCUUAAAAGCUUUCUCUUUUGCAGUUCUCUGUAGUCCAAUAUCUACAAAUGUGAUCAGCCUGACUGACCUACGUUACUGUAUGAGGCACAAGAAUGUGAUUAUAAUGGCAUGGCUUCGAUAGGAAGAAUUCCCUCUCAUUAUUUCAAUGUUCAACAAACCAAUAGAUUUUUAUGUCCAACUAUUUCAAACUUUGGAUCAGCAGACUUGAAGUUGGUACUACUCCAUGAAUGAAUUUUCAUGUUUUAUUAUUUUGUUUGUUUUUUGCUUUGCUGUUUUUUUUGUAUUACAUCAUAGGAAUCCAAUUGGUACAUUUCUCAUAUGGGUUAUUGAAGUUUUUUUUUUCAUCUAAGCACUUUAUUGGAAUUUGUUUUAUCUUUCUUGGAUUGUCAAGUGAUUUGAUUGCUGAUCUCUGAAGGUUUACUCUUAUUAUCUAAAGUGUUUCAAUCACAAAAUGUGUUUAAAGUUUGUUACCAAGUAUGAUUACCUACUGGGUAAUGCACUUGAAAGAACAGAAUAAAUGGAUGUGGGCAUUUGUAA